AUAUAACUCUUGUGUUCAUUUUUUUUCCUAUUGGCACACACUGUUUUCAACACCAAUUUCACCAUGAAGGGGUUAAAGCAGAGCAGUCAAGUAGUAUUCAUGUUCUGCAUUCUUAGUUUGCUUGUACUCCCAAAUUUAGUGGCAUCUGAGUGUACAUGUGAUAAAUCUGAAGAAACACAUGACAAAGCCAAGGCACUAAAGUUUAAGAUAGUAGCUCUUGUUUCUAUUCUCGUGGCGAGUACAAUUGGGGUUUGUAUUCCGCUUCUUGGUAAAAUCAUACCUGCCAUAAGUCCAGAGAAGGACAUCUUCUUCUUAAUUAAGGCGUUUGCGGCUGGUGUUAUACUAGCCACUGGUUUCAUUCAUGUGUUGCCGGAUGCAUUCGAAAAUCUAACCUCGCCUUGUUUGAGCGAUCAUCCUUGGGGAGAUUUUCCUUUCACUGGAUUUGUGGCCAUGUGCACUAGCAUGGGAACUCUCAUGGUGGAUGCUUAUGCCACUACUUAUUUUCAGAAAUCACAUCUUCAGAAAGCACAAGUGGCUGUCACAGAUGUUGAAAGAGAAGAAGAAGAUGCUGGGAAUAAUGAAGUGGAACUUCACACCCAUGUAACACAUGGUCAUGCACAUGGUCACGUUUCUAGUAAUAAGUCUUCAGAACUCCUUCGUCAUCGCGUCAUAUCGCAGGUAUUGGAGUUGGGAAUUGUUGUUCAUUCGGUCGUAAUAGGAAUUACUUUAGGAGCGUCAAUGAAUUCAGAAACAAUAAGACCUCUUGUUGCUGCGUUGACUUUUCAUCAGUUCUUUGAGGGCAUGGGACUUGGAAGUUCAAAAAAAAUUGCAAAAUUUAGAAGGCUAUCCGUUAUAGUUAUGGGAUUAUUCUUCUCUCUAACUACACCAGUGGGAAUUGCAGUCGGCAUAGGGAUAUCUAAUGUUUAUGAUGAUAACAGUCCAACUGCUCUUAUUGUGGAAGGAAUUUUUAACGCAGCUUCAGCUGGGAUCCUAAUCUAUAUGGCACUUGUAGAUCUUCUUGCUGCUGAUUUUAUGAAUCCAAAAAUGCAGAAAAAUAGUAAACUUCAAAUAGGAGCAAAUAUUUCUCUUCUUUUAGGAGCUGGUUUUAUGUCUCUUAUUGCUAAGUGGGCAUAAAACCAAUUAAAUUGCAUUCUUUUCCAUAAAAACUUUGUUUUAGGUUUUUCUUUUUUCCAUUUACAAAUUCUCGCAUUUAUACUGUUGGAUUAAUUAAUUAAUUUCUUUCUGUAGCA